GCCAGUUGAAGAAAUAUUCGAUCCUACUCGUGGUACCUUACUCGUGUGAGGAAAUUUGAUUGAAUGAUAAUGUGACAAAUCGUAUAUUUCUGCGAUGAGAUCAUACGGGAAACAUAACCAAUACCAUCGAUCGGGAAAAUCCAAAAUUCGAUCGCGUAUUUCCGCUUUGUUGUCGUUGUAUCCCGCGAUUGCAUCGUCAAUUGCGUUAUCAAACGAUAACAAAACGUUAUUUUGAGAUCGAACUGACGACCAUGACUUUUAUUAGAAUUAUUACGCCUGAUAGUACAGAAUAUAGAUAUUUUCCUAUCACAAAAUCUCGCCUUAGACUGAGUGUGCAAGCUGCACAUGAUGCAAGAAUUUCCUUACGUACACAUUUAGGUGGAGACUCAAAUAUAUAUGAAAUCAUUAUUGGAGGAUGGGGAAACACAAUGUCAGCAAUAAAAAGGAAUAAUGAAGAACAAGAUGUGGCAGAAGCAGAAACAAGAAAUAUACUAAAUGUUCAGCAUAUGUGCAAUAUUUGGAUUCAAUGGUAUUGCGAUGGAACUCUAAAAGUUGGCCAUCAAAAUGGCGAAGUUUUUUUGUCGUACAAGGACGGAAAUCCGUUUGUUAUAAAUUACAUAGGAGUGAGCACUGCGUGGGGUGCAACUGGUGAAUUUUUGAUAGAAGAAUCACCAUGUACAUCUCUAGUUGUCAGACAACAAAUGGUGGACACUUCUUAUUGUUGGAUAGAUUACAAUGAAUCAGGUGGUCUUCCUCAAAAUGCUGUAAUGGCCUCGGAAGAUGGUUUGUACAUAGGUCGUGCUCAUCACAGAGAUUCGCUUACACCUGGUGGUAUUAGGAAUAAUGUAUGUACAAUUCCAUGGGGUGGAGCCUCCCACGAUAAAAAGGAUUUUCAAGUAUUGUGUGGUAAAGAAGUGAAUUGGGUAAAAUCAUGGGAAGGCAGUGUUCCUUUGUAUGCUCUUCCUGCCGGUGAGUCAGAAGACGGCUAUGCUCUUUUUAUAGGCAGAGUUCUACACGACGGUAUAUAUCACAUAGGAAAGAUACAACCGAAUCAUCAAGCAUGUUAUAUACCCGUGCACGGCCGCGAAGAACAUUAUAUAGAUUAUGAGAUUUGGUCGUUUGUGACUACUAUGCCGCAGAAUAUGUUGGUAGAUAAGACGUUUUUCCACCUGAAAAAUAUUUAUUUUUCAUACAAUGAUGCAAAGUAUUUUUUAUAUCGUAAAUAUGUAUCCUAAUUUAAUAGGGAUAACGUAUAA